CUCCGCUCAGUAGACAGCUAGCCCGAGCUACUCUCCCAGUCGCCUGAUGAAGCUACUGCAGGCAGCGGAAAAACCAACCUGGAAUUUAUAGAGCGAAUAUUGCAAUCUGGCAAUGCGGAAAUAGAUGGACGUUUCAUGUCACCGAGUUGGCAUUCCACUCCUGGACUGAAGACCUGAGAGUUAGCGCCAGAGAAAAAAGGAUUGCAAUUCAGAGACAUAAUAUUCAACUCUUCUUUUUCUAUUGUUUAUAGUGGUUCUUCGGUGUGUUAUUUCCAGUGGUAUAUAGCGCCAUACUUUCUGGUGCAUGGACAGACACACAGAGGAGGAUCUGUUAACCCCUAACCAUACAAAAGUGGGGUUGUAUUUCUUCCGGUGGAUCAAAGUAAAUUACUUUCAAAUCUUGCAUCAACAUGGACGUGUUGGCGAAUUACAGUAUUUUUCAGGAACUCCAACUCGUGCAUGACACUGGCUAUUUCUCUGCAAUGCCUUCGCUGGAGGAGAACUGGCAGCAGACGUGCCUGGAGUUGGAGCGGUACCUGCAGACGGAGCCCAAGCGUCUAUCAGAGCUGUUUGACGAGGAGCUCGACUGCCUCCUGACGCCUGCCUUCGUGGAGGGUGCUGACAGUGACCUGAUGGAUCCCCUGGACCCACUCCUCCCCAGCCCCCCUCCCCUCCUCGUCUCCCUCCCCAAGGUCCUACAUGCCCCACACCUCCACAACACCAAGGCCUCUGAAAAAGAGUCUGGAGCAAAGAACACCAAGGAGGGGGUCAACGGGGUCAACGCUGCCCAGCUGAGUGCCGUCACCUCCCUCACGCCGCCUUCCUCGCCGGAGCUGGGCCGCCACCUGGUCAAGCCCACGCAGACUCUCACCGCUACAGCCGACGGCACGCUCACGCUCAAACUGGUGGCCAAGAAGGUUGGUCUGAACGCAGCCAAGCUGGUGGCCAUGCACGCCACACUACCCUCGCCGCCCAGUAGGGGGGCACACAGUGACAGCGAGCAGGGGUCUGGGUCGCUGGGGGGAGAUAUCCCUGAGAACAAGAAGAGAGUCCAUCGCUGCCAGUUCAACGGCUGCAGGAAGGUUUACACCAAGAGUUCCCAUCUGAAGGCCCACCAGAGAACACACACAGGUGAGAAGCCGUACAAGUGCUCCUGGGAGGGCUGUGAGUGGCGUUUCGCCCGGAGCGAUGAGUUGACAAGGCACUAUCGCAAACACACCGGGGCCAAACCAUUCAAGUGUAACCACUGUGACAGGUGUUUCUCCAGGUCCGAUCACUUGGCGCUGCACAUGAAGAGGCACAUCUAAGAGAGAGGGAGGAGGAGAGCGGGGAAGAAGAGCGAGAGAAGGGAGAUAGGAGAGAAGAUGAAGUAGGCAGGAGGGAACCACACACCAGCUCCAGCUCUCACCAUCCCGAGGCUGCCCCUGCCACCUGAGACCUGACACCAGAAGCAUAGCAUGGGGGAUGACACGCUGGACGGAUGUAAGCCACGACCCAGGAUGGACCCAUGGUCAGCGAGGACAGAUGGAGUGAUGGAGGGAAAGAGAAGGAGGAGGAGGAGCUUGUUGUUGUUUUUUAAUUCACACUUUGUGAUUCACACAUCUCUCUUUUAUUGCAUCCUCUGAUUAGCCAUGCCUUGGUCUGAUCCAAGUCUGGUAACUCAGACACUGCCAAACCAAUACGCUGAUCCAGUUACGACCCAUUUACACUCUACUGUUUAUUUACAUUUAAACUAUAGAGCGACUUGGGAAAGGAGAUGGUUCACCCAGAAUAAACUGAUAAACUUUGACACGCCAAUCGUCAGUGACUUGCAGAAGCAACGAUGGGCAUCCCAAACCAACAGCAACUAUUGCCCGUUUUAUUCUGGUGUGCUGUUUCCCAAUCCUAUCACAAUGUUUUCGGGGUGUCUCUACCCUCACCAAGCCGUGUGAAAUAACAACAAUGCCAGAAUAGCGAGAAGAGAGAGACCAAUGGAACUAGUGGCCAAUCCGUCAGUGUCGCCCCCUGUCUGUGGGAGGAGGGUCUGACACUUCAGAGAGUGAGCUCUGUGACCCUGAUGCGGACUUCUCAGGCUCUCCUGUAGGAGGCGCUCUGCUCUUCUCUCUCACCUUCACUCCUGCCACCUCACAGGCAACAUCUAACAGAUGCGCAGCGACACUUUCUUGCCUUUGUUUUUUAAAGACAAUGAAUUAUUAUUAUUAAGAAUAAAGGUCUGUUUUCUCUGAAAUGUCUUAAAAAUUCACUGAAGGAAAAAAACUAAAACCGUUUAUGUACAAACGAAGAACAAUGUGCUCAUUCAAGGGAGGAACAACGAAUAAACCUACCCCGACCCGUAUGCACAGGCUAAACUCAGUAGCCGCUAUCUAGCACUGAUAGCUAAGAAGAUGGAAAAACAAAAAAGAAAUCACAUGAACGCUGAAAGAAAAAGGAUUUGUAUUGUUGGCCUGAUAUUAAAGGAAAGGCCGUCUGUUUUCCACUCUGUGUUUUUCUCCGAUGCGAUCCAGCUGAAAACAAACCUUGGCGUGACCUUCGAGGCUUCAUCACCAAGCCAGGACCAGAACAGAACAGAAAACUGGAAAAUGUUUGCUUUGUUUGUGUGGAUUGUGGAACUCCACCAUCUCCCAUAGGAAACCCCUAUCUCCUCCAGUAUGGAGGGGCCUGGGAGGCUGGUCUGCUGUGACCACAUCCCCUGUUUGGGAGACUAGGGACCUGAUAGGCUACUGGACAUGAAUCUGGGUAUUAGAAAGGACAACAUGGCCUCAUCAUCCCAGAGGGACUUGCCUGUUUCGUAUCCAUUGUCCACACUGACUUUUUCAAUGUUAUCUGUGCUUUUUUUCAUACAGUACAACAAAAAAAACUGAAAAAUAAUACAAAAUAAAAAACACUCAAAAAAAUACUACACAAAAAACCCGAUUCCGUCUCUCUCACACCGUACAGGCACGUAGACACACCAACACACAGAACAGUUUGCUCAUGGCUCCACUUUGAGAUAAGGAAAAUAUAUGAUUGAGUUAAUGAACAGACUUGGAAAGCAAAACACUGCAUGGCAGCUUCUCACACUCGGAUCGCUUCCCGGAAUCAUUUGUUCUGCUCCAAAUUUUUCACAGUAGGAUUUUUAGCAAUUGUUGUUUUGUAGAUGAAGAUCUGAUUCCGCUGGAGGUAACGGCUUUGAAGUGAGAAAACGAGCUCAUUCUCAUGUUCAAACAAUCUCAGUCUCUGUAUGUUAACAAUCAGCUUCAACAGCAUGGGACCAGAUUCCUCUGCCCCAGGUCUAUGAAGUCUUACAUAGCCUUGCAAUCAGGGCAUUAAUACCAAUACCACUGUCACUAUUACUGUACCCACAAACUUCCCCCCUCACAUAAACCCUGGCCUCCUCACAUCAGUUGUAAUGGCUGCUGUAUCAGAAUAGAUGCCAUUACUGUCUCUAUAGUAAUGUGUAUGUUUCAGCCUUGCCAGACUCUCCUAGACGGUCCCAGAACUGCCCUCAUGGGGCCGGUGGAGCUCAGAACAAUCGAUACCAAAAACCUCCAGCGCGGAACUGCCCUCGAGCCACGGGCAGGGUCUGGCAUAGAACACAGCGGCAUCUGGGAAGCCGACCGUCUCCAUACUAGGCCUCUUAGCACCACCGCGGCAGCUUUCUAUACAAACACAAAACAAGACAAGUCUCUCGACAACAAGACGAUGUAAAACAAGACAAGUCUCUCGACAACAAGACGAUGUAAAACAAGAGAUUGAGAUGAUCUUUGUGUUUUGAUUCCACUUUUUAGUUGGAACUUCUUCCUUGUUGUUUUGUUGUGGUUUUAACGCUACAAUUAUUAUUUUUGUUGCCAUGGUGGAUGAUGCAAGGUCAUGCCAAAAUGUAAGAAAUGCAGGGGUGCGGGUUUUGAACAACCCCCCCCCCCUUCUAUGUACAAUCAUGUAGGGUUUGUUUGUGGCGCUUUGUGCAGGAUAGGCGAUGGUAUGUCUGAGUGUGUCUGAGUGUGUCUGAAUGUGUCUGAGUGUGUCUGAGUGUGUCUGAGUGUGUCUGAGUGUGUCUGAGUAUGUCUGAGUGUGUCUGAGUGUGUCUGAGUGUGUCUGAGUGUGUCUGAGUAUGUCUGAGUAUGUCUGAGUGUGUCUGAGUGUGUCCCAAUGCAAACUAUAGCACGGCACAUCCGUUGGAAACAUUGUGAAUUUAAUUUGCGUUGUGAGAAAAAAAUACUACCAGUAGACUGGUGGCCUAACUAACAGUGUGGGAGACUGGGAUUGUACUGUGUGUUGGUUGAUCCAUUCACUUUAACAGAGCUUUCGAUCUAUCUAGCAAUGGCUGACAAUAUUGCUUUUGUUUUGUUUCUGACGUUUUAUUUUCUCUUCAAACCACUCAAAUCACGUUCAUUUGGGAUCACAGAGCAGAACAAUGGAUAAAAACAACUAUUAAAACUCAAACCAUACGUCAUGCACUUCAAUGGCCCCUCCAAUAGGUUCAGCAAAUGAAAACUCUUAAAACACUCUUAUGUUCUAUCAGAUGUUCACUUCUGGUUGGAGACUUUUCUACAGCUCCCGCUGCAGAAACGCCUGGAUACAGUAAACAGGAAAUGGAUACAGCAGACAUGGUCAUUUAGCCCGUAACAGGCCUACAUGCUAAAAAGAUAGCAGCACACAGUUUAAAUAUAUCCAAAUUAGCCCAACUUUAGUCCCCUUGCGUACACACUGACAGAUCUCAAACCCCACUUCAAAUGAAAAGUCCUAUUCUAUUUCUGUCCUGUGGCAUUCCCACCAGAAGUAGCUAGCUAGCCCUCUUCCCCUUUCCCUCGCCUGUUAAAACACUGCUUGCUGCCAUGGAGAUGCUCCUAUGUAGUUUCCUGGGCGCUAGUAUCCCACAGCUCUGAUUAGCAUUAGCGCUGCAGGCUGCUCUGUGGAGGCUCCUCUAGUCUCUCCAGUCGCACUCCACUAAUGAGAAAGGCAUUUGGUCACAGGGAAACAGAGGUCUAGGGGGAAAAAACAUAAGGGACCACGAGCCAAAAUGGUUUCAUUUCAACGGUCCUCAGUACGUUACGAACCCAGUGGGCAAUCUGCCACAGAGAAAACACGAGUACAUUAGUAGCAGCUUAUCGUAAAGCCAGAAAGUUAUUGAAGUUGAAGAGAUUUUUUUUGACAAAGACAAAAAUUGUUUACCCCCGAGUUUAACCAAAUGAUAAUGAAAUUAGCCCUGCUUUUUAUCUCAUGGAUUAGCGAUUUGAAAUGAGAUUUUGAUGAAUCUCUCUCUCUCUCCCUCUCUCCCUCUCUCUCUCCCUCCCUCCCUCUCUCUCUCUCUCUACAACCCCACAGUAGUGAUCCAUGCACAAUCAACUGCAGGAACGCUGGAUACACACCUAUACGCUUCCACCCAAAGAUUUUAGUAAAUUGCUGUGAAUAAAAAUAGAGAGAGAGAGAGAGAGAAUUAAAUUGUUUUACUGUCCACUACAAUUCCACCAUUAUUGUCCCCCUCCCCAACCCCUCCCCAACCCCUCCCCAACCCUGACCCAACCCUGACCCAACCCCCUCCCCAACCCUGACCCAACCCUGACCCAACUUCUUCCUGCAUUGCAAUCUUGUUUGAUGUUCAGUGUGGCUGAACUCAUUGUCCGUUCGUGGUUGUAAAACAUGGUUGUGUAGUCUCUUUAGGGUGCCCAAUUCAAGGGCGACUUAACUAGCACCCUACCAAUUCUAAUGUAGACUUAGUUUCCCAUAGCUUAGUACAGUGGAGUGUAAUACUUCAAACGGUCACGUCUGAGGUGGAACACCAAGUCUACGUUGGGUUAAGCGUUUGGAAAACCAUCCCGAGAACGAUGGUGUCAUACACCUACCUACCUUCAGCGUUCUCCAAACAUGAAGCCUCACACGUUCGGUCCCCAUGAGGUAAGGUGGUCGCUUUGGUGAGGCUUCUGGCAGCUUUGUAGAUACAUCUAGUAAUAGUUCUCCCACUCAGUGGCUUCACAAAGGGUAACAACAAACUUAAAGGGGUUUUGUUCACUACUAGGCAACAGUGCUUCAGCAUUUAAACACAUACAUACAUCUCACACAAUCUUUUAAUGUUCCUGUUCUUCUAGAUUCCCAACCAUUUCACUACAUUGACUUACUGUGCACACUCCAUAGUGUACCUAUUUACUUACUGCUAGUUUAGUCUGUUGGAACACUCAAAUGUCAAAUAUCCACUUAACAUAUUGUGACACUUCCUGAUACACUUAACCACAAGAACCAAUUGGGAGGAGACCAAUUAGAUGGUUUCUUUUUAGAUAUUAGCCAAUCAAACUGAUGGGUAACUACUAUACUAUGGACCCUCCACUGUCAUCAACUGGGCAAUAUCAACUGGGCAUGUUCAUUACUGUCUACUUUUUAAAGGAAGGAGACGUCCUACUUUCAACAGGUGACUAAUGUCUUCCUGAACUCAUGGUUCUUGUGGGUGCACCUGCAUCAGGGAGUGAGUCUGUAUCUGCUGUGUUUGUCCAUAUUUAAUGUGGCAGUAUAUAAGGGAUUGACAAAUAUCCCACCCCCUGUGUCUUUCUGUAUCCCUCCACCUCAUCCCCACUUUCCCUUCAACCCCAAUCCUACUCCAUCCAACUCUGGGGCCCAGGCAUCAUACUCUGAACAGUACAUAGAUAGAGGAAUAGACCCUGUGGGACUUAGUCCCCCUGAGAUGUUUUGUCCCCUCAGACUUGCUAGUAUCUAGUGCAGAGUACUCUAGAGUUCUAUUGUAUUCCCAAUUCUAGAAUCUAGAGUUCUCUUCACCCUCUGUCAAGUGGAGAGUCGUGGUUAGAGAGACAGCACCAGGAUGUCCAACUCAGUCAAAGGGCCAGCAAUAGAAAUACAAUUAGUAGAACGGACAUCUCUAUUCAAGUCAAGUCAUUCUAUUUCUAUGGGACCACCCACCCAGCCAACAACACACCUCAGUCUGAGAGCAGAGAUAAACCCCAAGGCUUUUCUCAGACCGUCAACAGUACAUCUGAGCCUCCACGUGGUAGUCUAGUCCCAGUCCAGCCUCUACACCUGGUCAGUCUGACAGUGGAACACCUUUCCUAUUGUCACCUCUCUGUCAUUCAUUCCUUCUGCAGGGGCCCCAUAAUGCCAACAACACAAUCACUUCUCCUUCCUACCAGACUUCUCCACUUCUCCAUCCAUCCCUCCCUCACUCCAUAAUGCCAACAACACCAUCACCUCUACUUCCUACCAGACUCCUCCACCUCUGCUCUGCAUCCAUCCCUCCAUCCCUCCCUCACUCCAUAACCUCAGCAACACCAUCACAUCUCCUUCCUACCAGACUCCUCCACCUCUGCUCUGCAUCCAUCCCUCCCUCCCUCCAUAAUGCCAACAACACCAUCACCUCUCCUUCCUACCAGACUCCUCCACCACUCCCUCCAUCCCUCCUCCAUCCCUCCAUAAUGCCAACAACACCAUCACCUCUCCUUCCUACCAGACUUCUCCACUUCUCCAUCCAUCCCUCCCUCACUCCAUAAUGCCAACAACACCAUCACCUCUACUUCCUACCAGACUCCUCCACCUCUGCUCUGCAUCCAUCCCUCCAUCCCUCCCUCACUCCAUAACCUCAGCAACACCAUCACAUCUCCUUCAUACCAGACUCCUCCACCUCUGCAUCCAUCCCUCCCUACAUAACCCCAACAACACCAUCACCUCUCCUUUCUACCAGACUCCUCCACCACUCCCUCCAUCCCUCCUCCAUCCCUCCAUAAUGCCAACAACACCAUCACCUCUACUUCCUACCAGACUCCUCCACCUCUGCUCUGCAUCCAUCCCUCCAUCCCUCCCUCACUCCAUAACCUCAGCAACACCAUCACAUCUCCUUCCUACCAGACUCCUCCACCUCUGCAUCCAUCCCUCCCUACAUAACCCCAACAACACCAUCACCUCUCCUUUCUACCAGACUCCUCCACCACUCCCUCCAUCCCUCCUCCAUCCCUACAUAACCCCAACAACACCAUCACCUCUCCUUCCUACCAGACUCCUCCACCACUCCCUCCAUCCCUCCUCCAUCCCUCCAUAAUGCCAACAACACCAUCACCUCACCUUCCUUCCAGACUCCUCCCUCCAUAAUUCCAACAACACCAUCACCUCUCCUUCCUACCAGACUCUUCCCUCCCUCUAUAAUGCCAACAACACCAUAACCUCUCCUUCCUACCAGACUCCUCCCUCCCUUCAUAAUACCAACAACACCAUCACCUCUCCUUCCUACCAGACUCCUCCCUCCCUUCAUAAUACCAACAACACCAUCACCUCUCCUUCCUACCAGGCUCCUCUCCCUCACUCCAUAACGCCAACAACACCAUCACCUCUCCUUCCUACCAGACUCCUCCACCUCUGCUCUGCAUCCAUCCAUCCCUCCCUCCCUCCCUCACUCCAUAACGCCAACAACACCAUCACCUCUCCUUCCUACCAGACUCCUCCACCUCUGCUCUGCAUCCAUCCCUCCCUCUCUCCCUCACUCCAUAACGCCAACAACACCAUCACCUCUCCUUCCUACCAGACUCCUCCACCUCUGCUCUGCAUCCAUCCCUCCCUCUCUCCCUCACUCCAUAACGCCAACAACACCAUCACCUCUCCUUCCUACCAGACUCCUCCACCUCUGCUCUGCAUCCAUCCCUCCCUCUCUCCCUCACUCCAUAACGCCAACAACACCAUCACCUCUCCUUCCUACCAGACUCCUCCACCUCUGCUCUGCAUCCAUCCCUCCCUCUCUCCCUCACUCCAUAACGCCAACAACACCAUCACCUCUCCUUCCUACCAGACUCCUCCACCUCUGCUCUGCAUCCAUCCCUCCUCCAUCCCUCCAUAAUGCCAACAACACCAUCACCUCUCCUUCCUACCAGACUCCUCCACCACUCCCUCCAUCCCUCCAUAAUGCCAACAACACCAUCAUCUCCCUUUCCUACCAGGCUCCUCUCCAUCCCUCCAUAAUGCCAACAACACCAUCACCUCUCCUUCCUACCAGGCUCAUCCCUCCCUCCAUAAUGCCAACAACACCAUCACCUCUCCUUCCUACCAGACUCCCUCCCUCCAUAAUGCCAACAACACCAUCACCUCUCCUUCCUACCAGACUCCCUCCCUCCAUAAUGCCAACAACACCAUCACCUCUCCUUUCUUCCAGACUCAUCAGCCUCCACUCCUCACCCCUCCCUCUCUCCCUCCUUACACCUCCUUCUUUCUCUCUGUCUCUCCCUCCAUUCCUCCACCUCUCCCACCACCCCUCCCUCAUUCCCUCCUCCCCCCUCCACUUUCUUUCCGCUUGCUCCUGUCAUGGUCAAUUACUUUUGGUUUUCUCUUGGGUUCUUUAUUUCCUGGUUUACAUUUUUUUCUGUACAAAGUGUUUUAAAUAUUAUUAUUUGUAUUAUAUGAUGUUAGUAUGGUAAUGUUCUUUAUUAAGGAAGAAGAAAAAUUUAUUUUUGUUACUGGUCUGUUUCAUAAUUCUUUUUUAAAUUGGUAUUGUAAGAUAUCUAUGCAAGAGCUGUUCAGUGGAGCAUUUUUAUUUAAGAAUGUCCUAUGUGUAAUAAAUGGUAGAAUCUG